AUGACUGUGGCGUAUGUUAUCUCGUUGUCAAGUUGCUCGGACCUACAGAGAGCUUGGGAGUCUACGGACGGGAGUAUGAUCACCUUAUUAUGUGAAUACCUGCGAGAUCAUCCAAACCCAACCUAUCACGACCUAAUGCUCCACAUCAACCUCGAACUUCACAAGACAGCCCGCGCACUCCACAAAUGGACCCGCGACGCCAAGAAAUCGCGCAGCUCGCACGCUUCAGCGUCCUCUGCACGUUCAGUCGCCGCUGGCCUGCCUACUCCGCCUAAUUCGGCGAAGCAUCUGGGCUCUGAUUCGGUCGGGUCGUCGACAUCAAGCUUGCCCCUCGCUGACAGUCUGGUGGCGGAACCAGAGGAAGAGCCGGAAAUUGAUGGGGAGAUGAAUGUGUUCCAGGCGCCGGUGCUGAGUAGUAUGAUCAAGUUGGAUAUGAAGGCGACGUUAUCGCUCUAG